GUUCUCGCGCCGUUUUGUUUUUUGCGUUCCCGCUACGUUGACUUUGUGGAGCUGCUCCGGAGAGACGCACGAAACUUUACCCUCAGAACAGACUUCGUUAUUUACCGCAUUUGGCGAGCUGCAGGCUGAUGUGCGGUUAACUGAAACACGCACGAUUGUCUGUCCUCCUUCAGUGGAGAGGGCAAGUAGCUACAACUCACAAAGCAACGAUGAUCACCAGAAAAAGAGGAAGAGUUGUCAGUAACAGCACAGACACCUCAUUUUCAAGUCCUCUGAGGGAAUUUGACCAUAUUGUAAAAGUCACAUCUGAAAGUGGCACAAGUGUACAAACCUCUCCAGAAAGUGAUUCAAAUGACUGGGGACUGGAUGACCUGUUAAACUCAGAUUUCAACUGGGCUUUAGACAACGAUGAUCUUGUGGCAUUUCCAGACGUCGGAUUGCAAGAUCCCAUUCUAAGUGCUGACAACACUACGGAGCAGACUUCUAACGUGCCCAAUUCCCAAGUCAGAGGUUCAGCGCACAGGCAGAAACUGCAAGAUGCCCCUGGUGGAGUCAACAAGAAUGCCAUGGCAGCAAGAAUGAAUCGUCUAAAGAAGAAACAGUAUCUGCAUGGUUUGGAGCAGCGUGUGGGAUCAUUAACGUCAGAGAACCGACUUCUGAAGCAGGAGAACAGCAACCUUAACAAGCGAGUGGAAGAAUUGGAGAAUGAGACUAGGUACUUAAGAGCUGUGUUGGCCAAUGAAAGUAUGUUGGCUCAGCUGUUGUCCAGAUUAAGCGGUGUGAACGGCAUGAAAUUCUCUACCUCGCUUUUCCAGGAGGCCAAUGAGAACGACCACGAUUAUGCCAUGCCAAGGAAGAGAGUGAAGGUGGACGACAAAGAUGCAGCAGGCGGUAUCUGUCUGCACGUGGACAAAGACCAUGUCUCUGUGGAAUUCUGCACUAAAUGUGCAGAGAGUGCAAGCUCUUCACAUAAAAUUUUUCUUCCAGGUGCUUGGUCUGCCCUGCGGGAUGAGUGGGUCUCAGAACACCAUGACCACCUGAAUCCAUGUGGAUUUGCUGUGGGGAAAGCUGAAGAAUCGGGACCAGCAGCUUGCAUCAUGGCCUUCUAAAUUUAAAAAGGUAGUACAAAGGAGUGUAAGUUCAAGCUUUUACUGGUAUUUUCAUUACACUGCAGUCAGUUUAAUAUGUAGAUCUAUUCCAUUCUUUAUAAUUAAGCCACAUUUUAUGUAUCUGUGUAACAAUACAGCAAACAUGAUUGUACAGUUACUGUAACAGAAGUAUUUCAGCUUUAUCAUAAAGCAAAAAAAAUGUUGAGAAAGGUUGUCCUUUUGUGUUUUGUUAAGAGAUGCAUUGUGUGAGUGUUUAGAAUCCAAAGACUGUUCAGGAGAAACAUGAUUAUCAGUAUCUGGAAAUAAAUAAUAUUUUUAUCAAA